UCUUUCACUUGCCCCCACACACACACUGAUCUCCACCUCCUCCUCCUUCUCACAGCCUGCCUGAUCCAGAGGGAAGAUGAAAAAGACGUAAAAGAGGAGUGCAGGGGGGAGCUUCUUCUUUUCUUAUGCGCGGAAAAAGGCGUCACAGCGGGCGCAAAGCGCAGCGCGAAGGACUGAAGGGAGGGAGACGCAUCACGGACAGAGAGAGAUAAAAAAGACGGAGGGAGGAGGCGACAGAGGCUCGUAAACACGACAGAAAACGGCGAAUAGGACGGCAGACAGCGGCGAUCACCCCCCACCGCCACCCCCAUGUCCCUUCUUCAUCUCUCCAUCUCCAUCCUCCUUUUUUCGCACCGUGUGGCUCAUUUUUUAGCGCGUCAAAGUCGCUCGGUGUUUUUCUGGUCCCCGUUUAUUUGAAUCCUGCCCGCUGCUCGGCGUUUCGUAGAAUAUAAACAUCAGAGGCAGGAGAGGAGGCUGAGCCAUCACCACGACCGACAGGAUCCCCCUGUAGGUCCUGGCCGGGACGGUUAUCGGCGGAUCAAACCGGAGAGGUGGGAGAAAACACAGCGAGAUGACUGUCGAGUAACCGUGCCGAAGCUGAGAGAGACCCCGGCCCCGGUUAUCACCGAGUCUCCAGCAUCACCAAUGCGAUGGCUUAGCGGCUUCUGCAGCAGAAGACUAGACUCAGAUCAGCAGGGCUCUCAUCCACCAUGAACCUCUGAAAGACAUCAACACAGGCACAGAUGGGAUGAAAAUGCGGCGGCACAGGGUGUUCUUGCUGUGCACGGUGGGUCUGUGCGUCAUCUCCUUCCUCCACUACUACAAGGCCCUCCACUACGUCUCCCUGCUACGCGAGCUCUCCGCUCCAUACCCCAACAUCAAGUCCUUCAUCAUGGUCACCGGCUUCUUCUGGAGGGAGAAAGGUGUGGCUGCCACCCCGCUCAGCCCGGCCUCCCCCGAAGAGGCUCCUCCCCUACCUGUUCUCCGCCAGUCGGACACCAAAGCUAGAGGGAUGGCGGGUUCUGUGGGAGGAGGCCUGGGGAAUGGGGGAGUCAUGGUUGUAGGUCCUGGAGUGAUUGGCCAUGCGGGGCUGGAGAUGAGGCAGAGGGAGGAGCCGGCGCCUCCUCACCCGUGGGAGAAACCAGAGGAAAACCAGCCGGGAGAUGCGCCAAAUGAGAAGAGAGUUGAAGACCACUUGAAUCUGCGGAACCCCGGCCACCCGGCCCAGCCUGCCGGGCCAGAGGUACCGUUUGCAGGAAAGGAGCACGUGGUGGUGUUUGCCCAUGAACAACUGCCAGACCCUGUAGAAUCAAUGGGUGACCUCCACACCCGUACUCACCAGCUUCAAGACGACAAAACACCUUACUUUGUCCGCACCAAAGCUGGAGCCCUUUGCUUCAGACAAGGGACGGAGGUGGCCACCCCUAAGGAGUACUCUGGAAAGCCAGGGGGUGCUGUGGCUAACGGAGCCGGGGGAGCUGGUCGAGGUGGAGCUGCCGGGCAACGGAAACCUCUGGAGCUCCAACAGCAAUCUUCCAUAGCCCCAAAAGCCAAGGUGAAGGCCAGGGGCAAUGGGAAGCGACUGGUCAAGUGUGUUUGCCGGCCGGGAUGGCACGGACCUUACUGUGGGGUUCCCACCAUGGUGUACCAUUCAAACCUGCCAACCAAGGAGCGACUCACACCCAGAGAGACUCCACGGAGGGUGAUCAAUGCCAUCAAUGUAAACCACGAGUUUGACCUGCUGCAUGUACGCUUUCAUGAGCUCGCCCAGGCCGUAGACCUGUUCCUUGUAUGUGAAUCCAACUUUACUGCAUACGGAGAGAAGCGGCCCCUCAGUUUCCUGCGGCUCCUUCUCAACGGUACGUAUGACUACAUACGACACAAGAUCCUGUACGUGUUCCUUGACCACUUCCCAGAAGGCGGUCGGCAGGACGGCUGGAUUGCUGAUGAUUACUUGCGGACCUUCCUGACACGCAACGGCAUGUCCAGGGUGGUGGGCGCAAGAUCAGACGAUGUGUUCGUCAUCAACGACGCAGAUGAAAUCCCGGCACACGAGGGCCUCCUGUUCCUUAAACUGUUUGAUGGCUGGACAGAACCUUUUGCCAUCCACAUGCGCAAGUCUUUGUAUGGCUUUUUCUGGAAGCAGUUUGGGUCUCUAGAAGUGGUUUCAGGCUGCACGUUGGGGAUGCUCCGCGAGGUCUAUGAUGGCGACGGUAUCAAACUGCGCCGUCGUGAAUAUUACACCAUGCCGGGUUUCCGUAAGUAUGAGAAUGACACGGGCCACAUCCUGGUGCAGUGGUCGGUGGGCAGCCCCUUCCACUUUGCUGGGUGGCACUGCUCCUGGUGCUUUACGCCCGAGGGGAUCUACUUCAAGCUGGUGUCGGCGCAGAACGGAGACUUCCCGCGGUGGGGCGACUACGAGGACAAACGUGACCUCAACUACAUCCGCGAUCUGAUCCGGACAGGGGGCUGGUUUGAUGGCUCCCUGCAGGAAUAUCCUCCCGCGGACCCCAAAGAGCACAUGUACGCCCCCAAGUACAUGCUGGAGCAUUAUGACAGGUACCACUACCUCCUGGAGAACCCUUACAACAAAGCGUCCAGACUGAAUGAGCGCUAGGAGUUCAGUUGGGGGGAAAAAACAAAUAUGUGAAAUAACUAGUAGGGUCCAAGUAAGGCCUCUGCACUGAGUUUUUGGGGUGGAACGGUACUGAUGAUUUACAGCUCUUGUAGGAGCAAAACUAUGUAUCUCCGCCAGGCAGCACUGAUGUUGCAGGUUUAAAAUCUCUUAAAAAUCAUUUCUUUGGGGUCAAAAAAGGGAACACUGAAUCAUAUCCGCCAUGGAUCUACAGAGAAAGCAUCAAGAGGAUGCAAGCACUGGAUAAACAAAAUCAUAGAUUUCCUCAUUCCUCCCUUUUUGAGGGAGACGCCAAGCUAACUCUUUCUGCCACCCCGCCCCUGUCCUCCCUUUCUUCACCCGCCAAUUCGACACGCCUGUUCUCUGAGAGAAUGGGGCAGCUUCAGUGAAAAGCCAGGGAUAUUUUGCAGACAUGUGGAACCUGUGGAGAUGAGAAACUUGUGAAGUGAAGGACAUUUUUUUUUUUUUUUUUCUGUCCGUGUUUACUAAAGUUUACAGACCGGCUGACGUUCCCUCUUCACUCUCUACCUUCAGAUGUCUUCCUGUCAUAUUUGGUGACCUACUUCCAGAAACAGACUCAUGUUCAGAUAUUACAUUUUUUCUUGGGUCGCAGUAGAAAAUUACAACUCCUAUUUAAACCCCCCCGCUGGAGUACCAACCGCCAAAUGAAAGGGAAUGACUCAGUGGAGAUGUUUCAGCUCAUACAUAUGCUCACAUUCAUCUUCAUGCACCUUAGAUCUGUCUGUGCGUUUGUUAAAAAAAAAAAGAGAGAGAAAGAAAAACAAAGGUGUGCUUGGUCAGUCUUUGUGUCACAACAUGAGGUUUUGGGCUGUGAAGGAGGCAUAAAAUCAGCAAGCGGAAAUAAGAGGGACAGACGGCAAGAGAAAAAGGACGAUAAUGAAGGCGGAAGAGAGCGGUGGUGAUGGAAAGAAAAGUGUCUGCAGACGUACGAGUAUUGCAGGGAUGUGUGUUUCCCAGAGCUCUGAAUAAAUCAUACCCCGUCGAUGGCAUCUGAGGCGGUUAUUGUCGUUAUUGUUCGUCCGAUCUGAGAACAAUCAAGACCAGUUGGGGUAAGAUCACCCUUCAGUUUUUCAUCUCUCUGACUAUCCAGCAGCUGGAAUAACUUAGUUUCCUUGGAAACUACGGUAUGUGAAGUAGAGAGACGGGAUGAGUGUUGUUAAGAUGAGUGGGUGGGUUCACAUCGGGCAAGGAGCUGCAGCGUUCAGACGAGGUCAACCCCAACUGUGAGUCCCCUUGAUUAAAUAUUCUGCUUUCUACCCAGCUGCCACUAACAGACUAAAAAUGGCUUUUCUAAGCUUGUUCUUUCUCCCAUCCUCUCUUUAUGCAGGCAGUGUUGCUCUUCCCAGUUUGUUUCCUCAUAAUCCCCAUUAGCAGGGGAUGUUUUGUUCACUCUUCAUUUUGCUCAUUAUUUUUUCUCCAACGAUUCUACUUUGUGUCAGAAAUGGUGAAACUCGUCCUGUGACUUUCCUUCACUGAUGCGUUCACAGACUUGCACUCGCUCUCCCUCCUUUUACUCUAUAUCUGUUUCAUGCUAAUGGCCCAUUUCAAUAACGGGAGUCUAUUUAUCUUCUCCAUGGCUCAUUUCUCUCCUUCCGGACAGUUCAGCCGUUAUCAUGCCUUCAGUUUGCCCACAGAACAUUUAGACAGGCCUUCUCUGUGCCGUAGACAGCUGGCGAAGUGUGCCUAGGUGCCUGAAUCCCCACCCCGAAUCGUUUGGCACUCGUCGACAAUGUCGCAGACAUUUUGGUGAGCGUACUUCUGUGGUUGUGUGUGAUGUGGGCUGAGGCCAGCAGGGAGCCGCGUUCCAUUGUUGUGAUGGGCAAGGAGAAUGUAGCAGCAAUGUUUACAAUGCUACAGAGCAGUAGAAAAAAAAGGCUAUACAUGGAGCAGACAAGCACCGAUCAAACAACAGUGCAUGCAUUGAUUUUUCUCUUAACUGCAGAUUGACUGUAUCCGCCAUCUGCUCCUUCAGCGCUUGUCUGGGCUUUGGAGAUGCUGUUUACCUCGGCUUCGGGCGAGACGCUGUUUCAAGGUGGAGAACUCCUCAGGAGGAAUAAAAAGUUGUAGAGGGGCCAGGAUAGGACUGAGAAGCUAUCAAAACCGUAUGAUAAAAGUUUAAUGUUGUAGCUUUAAUUCCACUUACAAACAAGGCACUGACAGAGAUCGUCUCGGUACAGAAUGCUCUUUUUUCCACCUGCUUAAAGUGUCCUUGAAUCAGACGUUAAAGUUUGUCUUUUUUUAGAUGUUGCCGAUCUAAACCCCUAAAAGCCGGAUUGAUAACACAGUAACAAAGCUAAAACAUGCUUAACAUGUUAAGCAUUUCUGUCCCUCAGUUCACCACCAUGCUGGCUCUUCAUGGCUGUAAGCUCUUGGUGGGAAAAUGCGAUUAACCAACAGGCCGCUGACAGUUGUGUCGGGCCUGUGCGUGGUCUGUGGCGGCAGCUGUUAAGGGGUUUGGUGUUGGUGUUGAGAGCCAAACUGCCAUCCAAACCCAGAGGGGCUGCAGAGAAAUGAGCUUUAAAUAGGAUUUGACAUGAGGCAAGAAAAGAGGCGACGGCAAUGCACCAUUUAACACUUCUUAUUUCUGAAUUAGAUUUUCUACCUUUUAAAGAAAUAAUGAUUGAUCACAGCUGAUGGAACAAAAACGAAACGAGUGAUGAAUGUUAAAGAGAGGUGGGCAACUUGGGCCCUGAGUUAACACUUUAACAGAGUGGAUGCUUUAGAGAUAUUAAAUCAUGAAUUCAGGCAGUGGGCCAUUUUGCAUUAAAGCACUUCCUUUUUAUCUGCUUCAUUUUUUGAUGAUUUUGUGGCACAUAUCCAGGCAGGGGCACAUCCCCUGCUGAAUUAAUGAAUACUUUUGAGCUUUUCUAGCAAAAUAUCAUAGAUGGAUGUUUUCUGAUGUCAGCAGUGAACACGAAACUGACCAAAGUAGUCUCAUUUGAAUUACGCCAAACAAACAAUUUUGCCCUCUUCCCUCUGACUUCAAGGCCUCAAACCGCAGCCUCUUUCUUGGUUAAAAAAUGGGUUCACUCUCACAGCUCCGUGCUGCCGUUUGCAAAACUAAGUUUGUGCUUUAAAGUUAAAUGCCAUCUCUGAAAUGUGACCACAGGGGUGUCGGUUCAACUCGUCAAGAACUGGGGUGUGUGUUUGUGUUUAAUCCCUGCCAAGAGGCAUUUAACUGAAGUUAACUCCCAGCUCUCAGCCUGCUGCAAUCAGGCCGUACAUCUGGUGAGCAGUGUGCGUGUUUGUGUAUCCCCAUGUAUGCUCCACAAUUUUAAAAUCAUUUCUGUAUGUGUGCAACAGACAGAGUGACUCAUGCCAGAUAAGGGUGUCUGGCGUGGUAAAAGACAAGUCAGGUUGCUUCUUACUUGGACUGUUUCCCUAUUAUCGCCAUGGCAACAAUCCCUCUGAUGAGUCCCUUCGAUCCCCCACAGCCUGAGGUCAUCAGCCAGGAUAGGAGGAGAAUAGGAUAAGAGGUGAGGGAGUGCAGAGGGCAUACGAUUGGAGAAAUCACAGCAUAGUUUUCCACUUAGCUCCACCGGCAGAACCUGACAUGAGUAUGAAAUGCAAGCUCUCUCAUUGCUCAGUCAUUUUCGGUAAAUGUCACAGCACUGCAGAGCUGAGAAUAGUCACACACACACAGCGUACACCAUUACCCUGCACACACCUUUAUUUUUCUUACUGUUUGUUUGUGUCUUUUUGUUGAUUUGACUGGCCCAUCCCAGUAUGCAGACAAUUUGCAUGAAAAGCAGAAAAGCUAGACAGGAAAAGCGGGUUUUUUUGUUUGUUGAAUGACAUGAGAAGCCUUUUUUUUUUUUUUUUUUUUUUUUGGACUGAGCAAAAACAGGAACACAAAUAUACAAAAAAAAAAUAAGCAGUCCUUUCUCAUACAAAGCCAUCGCUUGCUCUAUGGAGAGUGGAAUCCAGAAAGAGACAUUUAGGAAAUAAUCCUUCCAGCACCGCUCCCAGUGACAGUCUUAUUGGAUGAAGCGCGGUUAUGACACAGAGGAGGGGAGGGAGGUAAUAAGCUUGACCGAACGGCUUUGAUUUUUCACUUUGAUGAGGGAGAGUCAUCGCGGUGAUGAAAUGAAAACCGUCCAAAUGAAGGGAGCAGCUCAUCUCCUCUGUGAAAGAAAAUCUAUAAACCGGUGACAGUUUAAGUAAAGAUGAGGUUGUGAUGUUGAAAGACUGGAGCGGCGUCUGAGCCGCCUCGAUGGGCGUGCAAUGGAUUCAAAGAGGCCGAUAUCCAAAGAGGAGGGUCUGUCUUGCUCAAGGACACUCCAGCAGAUUGUGGCCGCUUAGAAGGUGCUUAAAGUCUGACAGAUUUGUUAGCGGACAGACUAAUCGCUGCUCUGACCUGUAGCUUGCUGUCAGUUUUUCUCAUGAUCAAACCUAAAAUCAAUAAAGCAAUAACCAGGGCUGUAGUGGAGGUUAAAUGUGUCUAAACACUAUUUACCCAUCACUUAAAUUCUGAAGCAGAAUUCAUGCAGCUGUGCCUCAGCGUUUACAGACUUUUCACCUGUUAGUGCAUGAAAACUAGGCUUCCUCUCUGAUUGAAUCUGGAACAUGGAUCCCUCAUUCAGCACCGUAUUAACACAGAGCCGCUAUGAGUCCGACAUCCGCCUGUAUGACCCAAGAAUGAAAACAAACGCACCCCCCAUGGUAAAGCUAGCAAACUGAUCGUUAAGCCUGCGGUGCGACUUUUAUGGGCAGAGCAUGAUUUAGAGUCCAGAGGAAAGACGUUUGGCAUCUUUGUUGUAUAGAGCAACCUGUCAAAUGAAACACCAAAACAUAGGCGGAAACCUGUAUUUUUGAAUAAUAUUUUUAACCAUUCAGUUUGUCAGCUUUACUGCUGCUUUGUAGAUUGAGCUUGAAAGUAACUCUGCAGCUCAUAACCUGCUUAAACGCCGCAUGAAGCUGUUAAUUCACAACGACUGUAAUUAACACUGUGCAACUUUGAGUACUGCUAGAUGGACAGCUUUAAAAAGUGGGCUUGCAACAAUCGAAUUAAAUGAAACCGCUCUGAGGUGGCAAGAAAACGUUUAAGGUCUACCUUAUUGAUUUUUUUUUUUUUAAGACAUCAUUUAAAUGCAAGCAAACAGAAGGUUGUAACCCGCUAUAAAAUGACAGACAAAUCUCUCACUAAAGGGACUUACGCUGUACAACAAACACGCAGUCUUCUGAUUUAAUUUAACCCCCUGAACCUCUAGCAGUUUGUGGGCGUUUCCUGCUUCUGUCACAUUAUCCACUCUUAUAUUGACAUUAAUCCUAAAACACAAAUAUACAUAUUCUUUCCAUUAUUUAUUGCACAAAAAAUGUUUAAAAACUGGAAUGAACACAUGUAGUUUUGCCCAAAUCUGUAACCAAUACUGGAAAAAUGGGUGUUCCACAUACUUUAGAUAUUUAAUUACUUCCAUCUUUAAUUUGAUGUCAGGUUUGUGUAAAUACAGCCUGCAGUUCAGCUCAGUUGAGCUGAAAAAUCUCUGAAGCACAGAAUAUUUCUGUUUUUACAUCUGCUUCCAGCAAAUGGUUCAUUUUUGGUCCGUUUUAUAAUUCUUACAGUUUAUUUAAGUGCUGUUUACAUUAGUGUGGUUUAAAGACAAAACUGACAAAUUGAACAAAUUACUUUCAAAUCAGACAGUUAUGUUCCUCUAUUAUAAUGAAAAAAAUGAUCAGAAUUAAACGCCACAUGCUGCAGAUUGUGUAGUGAUUGCAGAUUGGUUUUCAGUGCAUCCCAAUCAAUGGAGGUAGGCUUUUAUUCUACCACUAGGGCCCUGCUAAUAAGCAGUCUUUAACCAUAUCAGCAUAGCCUUCAGGAUGUCACAGCAUUUUCGGCGUUUUUGUCGUUUCCCCAAAGAUACAAGCUCCGGCUCUUAAUUUGAUCCGUUUUCUCUGAGCCGCUUGCUUCAGUUGAUUAGAACAGAGGGAAUAAAUUAAGUGUAAAAUGCAGAACUGUAAAGGAGACAGAGUGAUACUGCUGCAGACAGGUUUGGAGUUGCGUUGCUAGGUAACAGCACGGUGCCAGCUUUAUUUGCUUUCAGUUAUUGAUAUCAGCAAGAGGAAAUAGCCAUUUGGAAGAUUUGUGGUUGAAAGUGCAGUGGUCUAAAGUUAGCAUGAAAGCGCAGUCAGCGGGUGUUUUCUCAAGAAUCAUUUCCAUCGUUCUGCGAGGGUGGUCACAGAUGAAAUCAUCAGUUCCAUUUAAUAUUUUAUUUGGCAAAAAUGAUCGUUUAUUUAAGAACAUAUCUUCACAUGAUUCACACACCUAAAGGCCUAAACGGGCACCCCAGUGAUUUAGUAUCCUGCGUCCCAUCAAAACACAGAAUUGAUGCAGCAGGAGCAGAGACGGCCUCCAAACACAGGAUCUUACGUUGGGUCACAUGUUUUUACUUCUUUGCCUUGUAAAUACUCCAGUUUACAAAACAAGUUAUUUGUUCUAAAUUAUAAAAGAAAGUUUUCAAGCCCUGGUCGACUUAACUUCAGUGACAUCACCAUGGCAUCAUCGGGCCGCCGUGGUAAUGUUUAAUUAAACUGACAAUAGAAUUGGUGAGGUUGCUCUUAAUUAUAUCUUAAAGCCCAGAAAAAUCUGAAACAUCAGUCUAAAUAGAUCACUAUCAGCCCUCAUGCCCCCCAUUGUCAGACCGGCCCGUUUUCCAGCACGCGCACGCUAACCGCCAGCACAUGUUUGGAGCGUUCAGCGUGUGAGUGUGUAUUCUGUACAGAUGUGUUUCUGCAGGGCUGCGUUUCCCCACCAUCACCCCCCAUCUGUUGUUGUGCUCACAGAGUAGCUGACUGGCUGCUUGUCCACGGCGCUUACAUGCCUUCACAGCUCUGGACCCCCGCCAGAGCUGUGGCUUCCACCCAUUGAUCUUUUCCAAGAAACAUUAGCGGCAAGCAGGCCGGAAAUCAAAGAGAGGAGGGUGUGGGGGUGCAGAGGAAAGAGGGCCCAUUUUACUGGGAUCCCUCUCUUUUUUACUUUGUCCGUUUCUUUCUUCUUUCUUUUUGAUGGCUCCUUGCAUGGCUCUUGAAAGCGGUAUGGCAAAGGUGUACGGUCUUCUUUGCUUCGUGUGACUUUUCAGCUAAUUCAUUCCGAAGUCCAUAACUGUGAAGAACAUUGUGGCUAAAUCAGGCUGAACACUCCACCGCUUCAAAUCAAGAAAUUAGCUUCUUGUAAAAGGAUUUGGAAAUGGGGCCCAGCGCAUGUCUCCCAACAGGCUGUCGUCUUGGCUGUAAACAUGUUGUUAUUCUCUUCAUGCUAGUGACGGAAAGCAUGCACAUUCCACAGCCUGAGCAAUCGCAUUUGCUGCGACAGCUGCAUCGAUGUGUCACCGCUGAUUGGAAAACACUCCGACCACAAGCAGUGCAGCCAAACAAGUGCACGGCCGAAUCCGCUUUUCUGUGCUUGGUUGGUGCUUAAUGCCUGGAUCUGGUCAUAUUACACCUGUUGUGAUGCAAAUAAGUCGUGCUAAAGGGUCAGUCCACUCACAUAAGAAAAGUGAAGCAUGUUCCCACUCCUUUGCAAUGCUACAUUAUCUGAACUUAGUUUUAUCUGCCUAGAUUUCGAGAUAAGAUUUUAUUUUCCUGACUCCACCCUAAUACAAUAUUGAUAGUGGUUUUCCUUCAAAAGACUUUCUACCGCAGAAAUUGUCCUCAUGACAGCUACUGACGGUGUGUUUUAUGGAUCAUGUGGAAUAAAAGAGUGAUUGUUUUUAUGAAUCCCACAAUAGAUGCUCCAUUCUCUUUAAGCAUUCAGAGCUGGAUGCUGAUAUCUCAAAACCUGGCUAAUAAAACCAAAACUGAACUAAUCCUUCACCGCAUUAGAAAGUGUUUCUUCCACUGAGGAGUAGUACCUUCCUUUUGUUUACAGUCUCGCUAAUGAGUAAAUCAAUUGGCUCCAGUCCAGUUCUGCUCAGAAAGAGCAGCCAAACUGUGGGAAAGAAUUUUCUCUAUCGCACAACGAAGCGAGCGCCGCCUCAGCAAAGCGACUAAUUCAGUUACGCAGCGUUGAAUGUGAAACAGUGGAAACAUUUGUAACGAAGACCAGGAAACGCUGCUUCUGUAAACAUGUCAGGCUUUAUCACAUGAAUGUGUCUGGAGUGUAUUGGAGAGGUGUGUGUGCGCACAAGUGUUGGUAAGUCAGGAGUCAUAGCUCUCGUGAAUGCCUUCCAGGACAGAUUGCCGGCUUCGGGGUGGGUGUGGGACGCGUCUGGUCCAGGAGUCCAUAUGUUGUGACGGGGCAGAUCAAAAGAUGAAAGUCGGUGCGGCGCCGCGGAGACAGAUGGACGCUGUGACACAUACGCUCGCGAAAAGUCGGGCAAACAGACAAGCUGACACCUGGCUGCAGAUCAAAUGCCGUCAGAAACUGGAGGGAUGAGUGUUUGUGUGUGACAGACAACACGAUGUGGCCAAAAGUAUACAGACAUCUCUGACAGCGCAUGGUCUCAGUUUGGCUCCUUUAGUUCCAAAUAUGGGAAAUCCUAAAGCCCCUGAAACCCAAAGUAUUUCUAUGUCAUGAUGAUAUAUGCAACAAAGUAAACACAUGAGUAGGCACUAUUUAUUAAGAAUCUAAGACAACAAAAUUCAUCAGAUAUUUCUACAUCCUGACUGGUGCAAAUAAUAUAUGACAUCACUUUUUCUACCUUAGUCCCACCCUGUAACAAAACCUGAAAUAAAGUAGAAGAAACAGGACUUUCUAGUGUGAAACGGUCAAAACUGUGCUGACUUUGGUAGAAAAUAGUCCAUGCAUGGAAAGAGGCUGAUUGGAAAAUAAAUGUGAGCAUUUAACGUACUAUUUCAGACUGCAGCCCACACGCAGAGAUCUGUAUACUCUCGCCCAUGUUUGUUGUGUAGGUUGAUUCCUCUUUGUGCGGUUUGUGCGCCGUCUGCUUUGUAAGUCGAGGUUCCCUGCAAUUCUCGGAAACCUGCCGCUCCUUUGCAGCCCAACCUGAGUUGAGACGGACACAGAGAACGAGGGUGACUGGGUUAGAAAAAAGCAAAUGAAGGGGAGGGGAGACUGAGGGAGCAGCCUCCAGAGGGGGUUUGAAUUCCUCGCAAUCAGAAACGGAGACCGAGAUGGAAAGAGGGAGGGCGUGAUCCUUACAAUCAGACUUUCCACAUUUAGAGCGUCUCCCCUCUUUGUUUUGGUUUGCGCUUAUGCUUUUAUGUGAAGUCAAUCGAUGUGUCCUUCCUUUUUGGGGUUUGAUUUUAAAAGUUUUAAUAUUGCUUUUGGUGGAGGCCUGAGAAACAGAGAGGGAUAGGUGACCAGUGUCUGUUUUUCUGUUUAACUUUGUUUUUGUACUUUCUUAUUUGUAAUUUCAUCCACUUGGCAGCUUCAUAUUUAAUAUCUUUUUAAGGCGGUGAGUGAAUGUGUGAGCCUCCUGCUAAGAUAGACUUCCACUCCACCUCACAGAUCUUUUACCUCCUCCGAUGACAUAAAGGGGACUUCAUACUGUGGCGGCCAUCUUGUUUUGUUGUUUUUGUGACAUCAUCUUUUCCUCGUGACCUUAACAGCAUCACCACUUGAUUUAUGGGUUGCUUUUUUUGUUCUGAUAUAUUCUUCCACUGUUUUUCUUUGAUUUUUUUUUUAUGCACACAUGGCAGUUGCACUCGCAGAUAACUACACACACACAUACAUUCUCACAAUGACGCAAACACACGCACACACAGUACAGUCUCUGUUUUUUGUUGUUUUUUUUCUUUUUGGUCUGAUAGCAGCCAUGUCUUCUGCUGGUCAAACAGUCAGACCACUGUAGGCGCUCUGUUUGAGCCCUCGCUGUCACGUGAUCGCUGUGAAGGCUGACCAUUGUGUGACCAAAAAACAUUUUUGUCAUCACUCAGCCACUCAGAACCGGUUCGGGCUGGAGUCAUGACCCGAGAACAACCCAGGAAACAGAAGGCAAAAAAAGAAACUGCCAUUUUUGCCCUCAUCUUUUCUUUCGGUCUUCUGAGUCCGUCACACAGCAAAGCGGUGCUGGUUUGAUGCUUUUUUUUUCUGCUUCUGUUAUCACUGAUAUCCUCUGUGUGUGUUUUCCCCCUCCAAACAGACAAAGAUGUCACAAAACUAAAAUAUAUAUAUUUGGGAAAAAGCUUUUUGUUUGAGUUGCAUGCUGAACUGCAUAAGAGUAAUUCUGUCUGUAAAACUAUGAAUUGCACCUUACUGGAGGGAUGUGCUUUUUUUUUGUUUUUAUGCAUACAUAAAUAUAUAUAUGGGGGAUGUAUACUGUUUUAUUUUUGAUUUUGAUAAAGGAUGUAAUUGUUAGCUAGUCAGGCAAUGUAUGUAUCUUAAACAGGGUUCAGAUUUUUUUUUUUUAACUAUUAAUAAUGCGGAGUUUCACUCUAGCUGAUCAGUCACUGGUGUUUGUUGUAGGACGGCUUCACUAAGCAGAAACUGACCGUGGUGAGCAUGAAAAAGCCCAGCAGAGUUCCAAAAAUACUUGUUUUCAAAACAGGAGUUUCCUGUCUUUACUUGACUAAUCUGGGAAUUCUGUGAUUCUUUAAGAUAAGACACAAUUUGACAAAGUGUUUAUCUGAGAAAAUUGAUGAAUUCUGUGCCAACUGGAGAAUAAAGUAGAAAAUCAUGGUGAUAGCUGCUGCUUAGUGAAGCAUCGUCUGCAUCUAUUCACACACACACACACACACGCACACUGGCCUGUCCUCACACGGUGACCACUAGGAGGCGAUCUGCUGGUCCUCCCAAAUAGCACACAUCCACACUCCCUUCUUCCGCCUUCCGUCCAUCCUGUCCUUGAAAAAGGGCGAAAAAUACCGACAAAAGACACCAUGUUGUUCACACACAGACACACAACAAUACAGUCUUGGCAGAUGAGUGGCACUCGGUGUGGUGCUGCCACCCGGUCUAAUGUCCCCGGGGCAGAGUACUGUCUGCAGCCAAUUAACCAACAGGGCUGUUUGCCAGUUCCAUAUCCAUCUAAUCCUCUCCAACCGCCCGCCGGUUUGCCAGAAUAAGCCCUCCAUUUCUUUAUAGACUUUGUUGUGUUGAAAAGAGAAGAAAAAAAUAUGGUUUACAAUGGGAGAGGGCUAAUGAAAGCAGGUUAGUUGUUUUGGUGUAUCUCUAUCGGAUAAAAUCCUGGUGAAUCUGAAUGGGUUGCAGCACUUUGUCUUUUAUUUUAUAAACGAUGAGAUCACACCAUGCCCCCGUUUUUAAAAACAAAAACAAAAAAAAAACGGUCACACCUUUUCAGGAACACAUUUCCAAAAGCAGGAGGAGCAUGACUGGACAUUACUGUUUUAUUUUUGGCACAGUGGCUGCACAUGAGCGAGCCCUGCUACACAUUGUGAUAACAUACAAUAACGCAACCUCUAUGCCCUGCCUCCCUCUGUCCCCAUGCACUGAUAAUGAUUGUAAAUGGUCGCAUAGUUUUAUUUUUUAUAUCAUUGUUGGGGCUUCAUUUUGUUUCUGGGGUUGUUUUUUUUUUUUUUUUUUUGUAUUUUGUGCUGUUAUUUUGAAAUGAUUUGAUGGGUCUCUGUGGGAAAAUGUGUGUGUGUGUUCUGCAGCUUACUGUAUGUGUGCGUGACAGAUGAGUAAAAGAGACUGGAUGCGUUGUUUAGUGGCUCUGUGUUCAGCUCCCGAUGCACAUCAGCCCUUUGCCUGUGUUCAUCAUUGUGCCAGUGUGUUCAGGUGUUCCCUUGCGCCUACAUUCGUUCAUCCAAAUGAAGAGAAAAGGAACUGGAGAUGAAGAGGAGAAGGCAGACGGCCUUUUCCCUCGGGGGGGAGAAAAACACAUGCGAGAAGAUACUUUUGAAAAAAGGAUAUUUUUCUCCUCUGCGGGGGGGUCACAAAGAAGAGUGUACAUUUCUAAGUUAAUUGAAAAUGAUGAAUAAAAAAAUCAUUUGUUCUCAAUAUGAACGGCUGUAUGUUAACCAUGAACAAAAAGUAAUGAGUUCUAUGACAAAGACAUAUAAUAAAUUAAUUUUAAAAUUUUAA